CAGUACCGUUGAUGUUUACACCAAAGUCAUCUUAAGAAGAGCUGCGGACAAAAUGCUUUUGAAUGAAUAAAAUCUACAGCGACUGUUAUGAUUUUCUACAAAACUUAUUUAAUUGCCCAGGAAAUGAAGUAGUUAUUAGCAGAAAUGCGGAUAAGCCUAAGACUUGUGUAUAUUAAUGUGCAUUAUUUCAUAUAUUCUUGCCUAUUUCAUAUGAGCUUGUCUAUUUAAUCAGUUUAUUUACUGCCACGUCUUCUCUCAAUGCAUUGAUAUGAAAGGUGUUUGUGUCUUUUCCCAGUAAACUAUGAUAGGAGUAGGGUCUGGGCUGUACAUCGGGUGUGUGUCCGAUCUGAAGGACGCUCAGGGCCUGACAGAUGCAGGAGUAACACACAUACUCACCGUUGACUCAGAGGAGCCUGCCGUACCUGGAUUUCACACCAAAUUUGUCCGAGUUGUGGAUGAUGCGUCCACGGAUCUCCUGAGCAGACUGGAUGACUGUGUCAGCUUCAUAUGUGAUGUUCUCAGCUCACACUCUGAAUCCAAAUCAUCAUCAGUUCUUGUGCAUUGCCAUGUGGGGCAAAGUGGAAGUGCUGCUGUGGUGGCUGCCUACCUGAUGAAAACACAACAUCUGAAUUUACAGGAUGCAUAUACUAAACUCCGAAACUUAAAACCUGAUGUUAAAAUGAAUGAAGAAUUUAUGGACCAGCUGGCACUUUAUGAAUUGAUGGAUUGUAAAGUAGACACCACAAAUCCCUUAUAUAAACAAUUUAGAUUGAAGAAAAUUACAGAGAAAUAUCCAGAACUCCAGAAUAUGCCAAAAGAUGUCUUUGCUGUUGACCCUGCACAAACCCAGAAUGCAGAAGCUGUAUACAGAUGUAGGAAGUGCAGACGCACACUUUUCCGUCACUCCAGCAUUCUCAGUCACAGUGUGGGAAGUGGAGCCUCUGCGUUCUCUCAUAAGAAGACGAGGAUAGUGAGUGAUAGUGAAGAUCAGAGACAGUGCACAUCACACUUUAUAGAGCCAGUGCAAUGGAUGGAGCCAGCCUUACUAGGUGUUAUGGAUGGACAGCUUUUGUGUCCCAAGUGCAGCUCAAAGCUGGGCUCCUUUAACUGGUAUGGUGAACAGUGUUCGUGUGGGCGCUGGGUGACACCGGCCUUCCAGAUGCACAAGAACCGAGUGGAUGAAAUCAAACACAUCAGUAUAUCAGCACUCAAAUGACCCGCAAAUAAAGAUCUGUAUUAUAUGCUCAGAA